AUGUGGACGCAAAAUUGUUUUUUUGUUGCCCUCCUAUUAUUAACCGUAGCAACUUCUUUCAUCGAGGCGCAUGGUCAUCAGCAUUGGUGGGAUUUGGGGUUUCAAAAGGCAAGGGUGGAAGUGAGGAAUGAGCUAGAAGGAGAGCGGGAACUGAGAGUUCAUUGCAGGUCCGGAGACGACGAUCUCGGGCUCCGGGUGCUAAAGCCACACAAUUUCUUCAGUUGGAAAUUUCGGCCAAACUUAUGGCGAACCACACAAUUCUAUUGUGCAAUGGACUGGGGAGAGGGAAGGGUUCAUUUGUUUGACAUCUACAUCUGGAGAAGGGAUUACGCGCGUUGUGGAAACUGCCUAUGGAUCGUGAAGCAUAGUGGGCCGUGUUUUUAUGACAUGGGAAAUCGUGCUUAUGAUUUCUGUUAUCCAUGGAACCCAGGAAGCCUAAUGAAAUUGCACUAA